UUAGGGCUGCCCACUUCCUGUUCUGGAUGCUCCCCACCCCCCCAGCCCCUCUGCUGCAGGAUACAGCCAGACCAGAAAGAGGAGAGCCUCUGUGGGGCUGAAGCAGAUCCAGCGCAGUGGGGCAGGAUGUGCUGGAAAAGAAGUUUCUUUCUUGCUGUCUGGAAAUUUUGCUGAAUCCAGCAUAAAGUCACAAUUUGACCGGAGUGACUUGCAGCACCAUCGACAGAUCCUGCUGAUGUGUCCUGGAGGAAUUAGCCUGGCAAAUGAAAACAUGAGAUGCACUUAUUUUAAAGGAGGUGCGACUGAUGGCAAGGUCCUCCCUGGCACCACCUGUGGUACAUCCACAAAGGCACAAGUCUCUCACACAUUGGAUAAGAAGGAGUAAACUCUUUGUUUAGCUCUUUCUUUAAGGAGAAGGCUACAAAUAUUCUGUUUGUUUGUUUGUUUGUUUUAGGCCUGCAAGUCUCGAUGUGGCAACAUUUCAGAACCCUCGUCGUCCUUCCGGUGAUGGGCUUUCCAGCUUAAAAUAACACUUUCUACGCUCUCUGUGGACAUUGCCUCCGGUGUUCCGACGCCGCCGGACAAAAUGGCUGCCGAGCUGAGGGCCAGCGGAGUCAUGAGUCUCCCUUUGCAGAACGUUCUAGAACACGAGGCGAUCCCUGGCGCGAAACUCAGGGAGGGAUCCCAAUUGGGGCUUCUGGAAUCCGAAGGGGAACGGGUGGUCCCUCGCGUCAUCCAGGUUGGGACCAUUGGGGAGCUUCUGGGCUGGGUGCCCCCCCAAGAGUUGACCCAGGGGUCCGAGGAAGGCUUGGCGCAACGCUGGGAAACUCAGUGGCAGGAGGUCCUAAAGGCCGUGCAGCCCCUUCCCUCCGGGUGGGGAAGCCAACAGCCGUCGAAACCGUUGCUGUGGGGCUCUUGUGAGGCCGUGACGGUUGCUGGCCAUUGGCCCAGCGGAGAUGGAGUCGCUCAGCUUCUGGUGGGCAAUGGCAGAGGAGCUCCAGCAGCCUUUAGCAAUCCGGUCGCUGGAGAAAACAGGACGUCGGAGAAAGAGGCCGUGGGAAAGGACGACACUGGCACCGACGCGCAGGGCAGACGUUUCGGGCAGUUUGGCUACCAGGAAGCCGAGGGACCCCGAGAGGUUUGCAAGAAGCUCCGGGAACUCUGCUGGCAGUGGCUGAAGCCGGAGAGGCACACCAAGGAGCAGAUCCUGGAGCUGGUGAUCUUGGAGCGGUUCCUGACCAUCCUGCCUCCGGAGAUGCAGAGCUGGGUCAGGGAUCGCGGCCCUCAGACCUGUUCCCAGGCGGUGGCCCUGGCCGAAGAUUUCCUCAGACGCCAGCAACCAGAGGCCGAGGCACUGGGGAGACACGAGGAGGAGGUGAUUGCGGUCUCCCCUGAGGCCGAGUGGUCGCCGUUGGAGGGCAGCUUGCGUCCCAACUCAUUGGGGAAAGUGAACCUGGAUGGCUAUGCGGUCUCAGCUGGAGAAACAGCUCUGAAUGGGAGCAAGCUGGGCCCUUUCCAGCGAGGAAGUCCCAGGCUACCGGUGAUGCUCGGGACGUUAUUGGGGCGGCCUGGUUCCCUCGAAAGCAGCUGUGAUCUGGAACAGGAGAAUGAGACGGAGCCGCUGGAGAGGUGGGACGAAGCCACGCUCUGCAGCGAGGGGGUCUAUGAGACCGUUGUGCGCUUGGAAGAAUAUGGCCACUGGUGCCUCGAAUGUGGGGAAAGCUUCCAGGAUGCGUGGCAGCUGGAUAGACACCAGAAGACCCACACUGGCCGCAAGCGUCCCGAGUGCCCGGAAUGCGGCAAGAGUUUCCGGGACAUCUCACAUGUCCUCCGGCACCAGACAGUCCACACCGGAGAGAAGCCGUAUUCCUGCUCCGAGUGUGGGCAGAGCUUCACCCAGAAGCCGGCACUCAACAGACAUCUCAGAAAACAUCUGGAAGAAAAGAAUUACACAGGUGUCAGCAUCACCGUCCGACCCCCAAAGACGCUUGUGGGCCGCAAACGCCCCGAGUGUCUAGAGUGCGGGAAGAGUUUCCGGGACAUUUCGCAAGUCCUUCGCCACCAGACGGUCCACACAGGAGAGAGACCGUACAGCUGCCUCGAGUGCGGACAGAGCUUCACUCAGAAACCCGCCCUCAGCAGACACCAGAGGAAGCACGUAGAAGGCAGCCACGGUGCAGGUGACGGAAAAGUGUCUUCAAGCCAGGAAAAGGCCUGCAUGCAGCCAGGAUCCUUGCAGCCCAGCCUGUCAGCAGCAUCCCAAGAGAGCGUUGCUGGCACCUUCUCCAGCGGAUACUGGCCAGCGGGGGACUCUCCGUGGGGAGCUGCCCCAAGCCGGGUUGGGGCUGCCACCAAAGCUGCCCGAAAAAAGCUGAGCCGCAGGGGGCAAAAAAACCACUGGUGCUUCCUCUGCGCAAAAGGCUUCCGGGACAAGGCGGACUUGGUGAGGCACGAGAGGAUCCACACGGGUGAAAAGCCCUACUCGUGUCUGGACUGCGGGCGGCGGUUCAGCUACACGUCGAGUUUGUACAAGCACCAGCUCAUCCACCGCCAGCCCAUCAAUCUAGAGUUGAAACCGGUGACCCAGGAGGACUUAAACCACGGGCAAAACGGUGUUGUGCACCCCCAGGCGGCUAGGGAGGAAGGGGCAUUGGGCAACGGCGUGAAGGUCGAGGACUGCGAAGGGGAACCUUAUGCUGGGAAUGUGGUGCUGUUAGUAGGGGGAGCUGCAGAGAGGUGAAACGCUUUUUGACAUUUUUAACAGGCAGAGUCGAAACCUCCUGGCUGAAAAAAACAAGCAGAGCAGAGACAGCUGCCGGGGGGGGGUGAUGAAUUUAUCCUUGAGAGAUGGGGUGGUCCCUGGCUGCUUGAAGGAGGCAGUGGUCAAAAGAUGGUUCGGAAACUUCAGCCGGUGCAGAAUUCAACGGCCAGGUUGCUCACCGGGGCAAGGCAGUUUGAGCCCAUCACACGACGAUCCUAGCCUGUCCGCAUUGGUGUCCUGAUCCACCGGCCCAAAGGGAGUGGUGGAGUGCAGGGAUACUGAAGAAGGGCUGUCAAAAACAUCAGUUUUCGGUCUUUAUUAAAAGAAAGGCGUAGGGUUGCCUGCAUUGCAGGGGGUUGGACUAGAUGACCCAAGGGGUCCUUCCAACUGUACAGUUCGACUUGCAGCAAAUCAUUCGGCCAGCCUUUAGUUUCCAGGCCCGAUUCGAAGUGCUGGUUCUGACCUGGAAAGCCUUAAACAGACGAGGACCACAAUACCUCAAGGACCGCCUCUUCCCUACAUGAACCAACCCCGGACCCUGUGAUCGUAAAACGAGGCCCUUCUUUGUGCGCCUCCUCCACACGAGGUCAGGAGGGUGGCAACACAGGAACGGGCCUUUUUUGUGGUGGCUCCCCAUUUGUGGAAUGCUUCUCCCCAGGGAGGGGCUCAACUGGCAACUUCAAUCCAUAUCUUUAGGCGCCAGGCAAAAACAUUUCUCCAUAACCAGGCCUUUAGCUGAUUAACAUUCUGUGGCCUUUUGAAUGCAUUUGUGUGAUGGUCCGACCCCCUGUACUGCAGGAAUCUCGAAUUGGAUCAUACAUGACCGACGGCCAUGCAACCUCUGCUUUGAAACCUCCGAGGAAGGAGAGUCUCUCCCGCCUCUCACAGGAAUCUGCUCCACUUUCAUUUUAUUAAUGCAUUUUGCGUUCUCAUUUGGUAUUCUUAUCUUGUGAACCGCCUUGCGAUCUCCGGAUGAAGUGUGGCAAUUCAGACAAUAGCAAAUAUAAACAAUAAAUAAAAUAGCCAGCUCUAGAGUCUCCUUCGGUUUGCUCCCACCACCUGCCAUGUACAUAUUGUGUCAAGAGGGUUUCUUAUGCUUAAUGAUGAUGAUGAUCGUUAAUAAUAUUAUGGACAAUAACACUGAACUUCAGUGACCCCCCUGCUUUCAAGUAUUUGGACUGUGGGGACCCUAGCCACAAACAUUGUCUUAUUUCUCGUUUUAAAUAAAAGUAUAAACUAA